CAAUAUCAAGCAAAACAAUUGAAAAUUGAUGUCAGAAAUUUACAACGUAAUCAUUCUUCACAGGAAACUUACAGACCGUUUGUCUGCUAUAUGUUAGUAAUAGGUAUAUAGGAUAUUGGAAAGGCUCGGCAAGACCGGCCUUGCACAAGCAAGCUAGUGGGGAUAUACUCGGCAAUAAAACACUUCAUCUCCCACAAAUUUCAGUAUAAUCUUGCAACUUGAUGGAAGCAAUAUCAGCAAGGAUGAAGUAUUUAAUAUCAGGAAUCCUUCUCUCUAUGGUUGCUUUCUCGUUGGGUGAUGUGCAGUCGGAAUUUAAGAAAGCGAAAAUCGAGCCCGAUAUCAUAGACAAAGCACCAAUCGAGAAAAUUGAGGUAAAAUACGGUGAUAAAGUAGUCGAUUUGGGAACCGAGUUGACGCCAACUGAAACCCAUGAGAUACCCGAGAUACAUUAUAAACACGAGGGCGGAGUUUUGUAUACGCUCGUUAUGACGGAUCCUGAUGUACCGAGGAGGGGUGGAUAUAAUCGAGAAUUUCGACAUUGGCUCGUGGGAAAUAUACCGGAGGAAAAUGUGGCUAAAGGUGAAAUUUUGGCGGAAUACGUCGGUCCUGCCCCACCGAAAAAUACGGGAAAGCACCGCUACGUGUUUCUCAUCUAUAAACAAAAUCAAGGCGCUAUUACGUUCGAUGAAAGAAGAUUGAGUACUUGGGAUGGAAGUCAGCGGAAAAGAUUCUCCAUAAAGAAGUUUGCAGAAAAAUAUAACUUGGAAGGUCCAAUCGCCGGUAAUUUUAUGGUGGCGGAAUACGAUGAUAACGUGCCUGCUUAUCACAAGCAUUUGAAUCUUUAGUCGACUCUCGAGGUCUGACGAGCACAAGUAACGUAACAACGAGUACGUGUGGAUUUAUAUAAUAUCUAUCUUUGUUCGAUAUUUCCAGGUGUGGAAAUUCAUUAACAAAAAAAAAGUUAUAAAUAGAGUCAUUUUAACGAA